CCCUUUGGAGCUUGACGGGUUGACGCAAGCUUUGUCUUCGCUUCAUCUUCCUACGACUUCAUCUCCUCAAUUUCUGUGUCCUGUAUCUAGAUACUAUUCGCCUUCGAGAGCAUUCUUUGCUUAGUUGUAUUUCAAUACCCUAGGCCAGCGGUGAAGCCGUUGCCGGAUCUUUUCAACCGCAGCACCUACGAACCUCCAGCGCCAUGGCCCCUCCUCAGGCGGAACAGGAUGAUUUGAUCUCCCAGCUCUGUGGUAUUACGGGAAUAUCUCCUGCGGAGGCCAGAGAGUACUUAGCGACAAAUAAUUGGGACAUCGAGGAGGCAAUGGCGGAUUACUAUCCCGAGCAGGACGAUACCACACGAAAUAACCCUGAGUCUUAUGAUGAAUCAGUACAACCUCCAGGCGGUCGAUCUCUUGGUGGCACGGCGCCUCCCCUCACCUCCGAACCCAGUAUGCGGAGCGCUCCGAGGAAGAAGUUUGCAACGCUUGGUGAUCUCGGCUCAGGCGAUGCUGGAGCUCAUGAUCACAGUGAUGAUGAUGCCGAUGAAGGGCAAGAUAUGUUUGCUGGAGGUGAGAAAUCAGGACUGGCUGUCCAGAACCCUGAUGAUCUCAAGCAGAAAAUUAUCGAGAAGGCAAAAAGGACGGCACCAAGACCGGCCGACGAAUACAAACCUAGAAGUUCCCAUUUCACUGGCGCCGCUCGUACUCUUGGAGGCGACGAUACACCAAGCCAGUUCAUCCCAGACCCAAGUGCCAACCGCCCUCAACGAGCCCCCCGAGUUAGUCGAACGCUUCACUUCUGGGAAGACGGGUUCUCUGUAGAUGACGGCGAGCUCUACAGAUCCGACGACCCUAGAAACGCAGAGAUAUUGAAUGGCAUCCGACAAGGGCGAGCACCACUGUCGAUAAUGAACGUGCAGGCCGGCCAAGAAGUUGACGUGGAAAUAAAGCAACAUGGUGAGAAGUACGUGAAGCCAAAACCCAAGUACAAACCGUUCUCUGGGAGCGGACAGCGACUUGGUAGCCCAACGCCGGGUUCGGGGACCAAUUCGCCCAUCCCCGUGCCCAUGGUAGCAGCAGCAGCAACAGUAGCAGCAGAGGAGGCCACUAGACCGGAAGGCCCAAAAAUAGAUGAGUCGCAGCCUACGGUUACAUUCCAAAUACGAUUAGGAGAUGGAACGCGUUUAACUACUCGAUUUAACACCACAAAUACGAUUGGCGAUAUAUAUUCGUUCGUGGCCGCUGCGAACCCUGCGAGCCAGCAACGGUCGUGGGUGUUGAUGACGACGUUCCCCAGUACGGAGUUGACUGAUAAAGAAGCGGUCAUAGGAGAUCUCAAAGAGUACAAGCGUGGAGGUGUUGUGGUACAGAAAUGGACGUGAACAUUUAACAGUUUCUAUGUGAUGGAAUGCUGAACUAUGUCUCGCUUUUUGACUUCUACGCCUCUUUUAUUGUUUGCCGCUGCUGAAGCAGGGAGACGGGAAUAGGGCAGCAAGGGUAAACGAUUAUAGAUAGAUCAAUAAAGAGUAAAAACGACUUGCGGGUCGUAGUACGAAAAAUCAAUGACUUCCCUUAACCAAAUAAUUUGUCAUACUUGUGAUUUGUGAUAGGGGGGCAUUCGAUGUAAGUUAUCAUGCUUCAUGCGAGUAAUAUUGGUGUACGGAGUACAGUCGCUGUUCACGGAGCGGACGCCGGGGGAUGUGCUGCCAAAUGACGCCACUCUGAUGCUUG